AUGCAUGGUUAUCUGUUAGCAUGGCCAGCUAAUUAUGGUUCUCACUUCCGGACAGUGUUAGUAUACAGAACAUGGUUUUGCGAUAUAAUAGUGAAACUGAGUGGAAAGUUCAUUGCUAAGCAUUUAAUAGACAAGUGCGUAUCUGCUCAUACCCAUGCAACGUAUCAAGAAGAGCUGGAUCGCAUCAAAGUUGCUAUUGCAGAUGAAGGAAAGAAGAGACACACACUCCAAAACCUUGACUGCUUUGUACUGGACAAUUCCUUAAGAGAAAGCAUUGUAGGCCGAUUACACGGUCUCACCAUCGAGAACAAAUGGAAAAUCUACAAUGAAGUGAAGAGAUGUGGCUUUAAAAACAUCAUAGUUGCGUCUGUCUCACACAUGACACGAGUUGAUGACACGUUCAUCAAACAGCUGAUGGAAAAUGGUGAAGAUCCGAGCACACUCUAUGCAUUCUCUGAAGUCAUAGAAGGAAUUUCUAAAGGGAUGAUCGACAGGGAAACCAUACCAGUUGGUCUGGCUAAGAUGAAAAAACAUGGACUGAAAAACCCAAUCAUCGAAUUCGAUCUUGCCGACAAAUCUAUCGAUUGGGAGUCCUGUUCAGUGCAAGAUAUUUGCAAGCUGAUCAUGAAAUGGAUCGAAUGGUCUCGUACUAAUCUUUCAAAGGCUUCCAAAAUUUUCGUCAACUUUAGGGAUUUCCCUAUGGCAAUGACUGAAGUACCAGAACGUGUACUCGCUGCAGUUGACUACUUUGCAUCCCUACCACAGGAGAAACGAUUGCUGGGUAUUAUUUUUGAGGAACCUACUGGAGACUACUUACCAGAAGAAAUUGGGGCAUGGACGACAGCUGUACGAAAACUAAUGAAUGCCAGGAAGUGGAAUAACGGACUUUUGCUGGUUCACGUGCAUAAGAAGUGGGGGCUGGCUGAGACUGUGCAACUUGAGUGCUUAUGCAGUGGAGCUGAUGGUAUUUGGGCCAGUGUAGCUGAAGAGGGAGCAGGCAAUGGCCAUGCUUGCUCAUCCAUCACUCUGAUGAAUCUAAUUCGAAUGGGGAACAAAAAAGUACUUGAGCGAUAUAACUGCACCUAUCUGCGAAAAGCUGCAAUAUCUGUUACGAAUAGCACUAACGGUAGUGACCCUCACCCCAAGCAGGUGGUAUACGGGGAGAGAGCUUUAGAUAUGAGCUUUGAUUUUGGUGGCAUCGCUGGGGGUCGUGAACUCAGUGUUGUUAAGGAUGGCUCUAAUGUUGGAUAGCUAUCAUAAAUAAAACUGAUGAAACUUUGUAGUAAUGUGUAUGUCUAGACUAUUGACUAGUAAUUAACCAACCAUGCAAUGCCAGUCUGAGGUUUCCAUAUCAAUUUUUGUCAAAAUUAAUGUGUG